CUCUUGCCCAACUGCACUUCCCUCAAAGAACUCAAGCAAAUCCAAGCUUAUUCCAUCAAAACCCAUCUCCAAAAUGAUAUUUUUAUCCUGCCCAAGUUGAUAAAAUUUUGUACUUUGAACCCAAAUGCUAGUACAAUGAACCAUGCUCACCAACUGUUUGACAAAAUUACUGAACCAGAUAUUGUAGUCUUCAACUAUAUGGCUCGUGGGUAUGCUCGGACUGAUGACCCACUUGCUGCUUUGCUGCUGUUUGUGGAGGUUUUGUGGGUUGGUGCUUGUCCUGAUUAUUACACAUUCCCUUCUCUUUUGAAGGCUUGUGCUAAGGGAAAAGGGUUAGAAGAAGGGAGGCAAUUGCAUUGUUUUGCUGUUAAGUAUGGGCUUAAUGAUGAUGUGUAUGUGUGUCCAGCUUUGAUAAACAUGUAUGUUGAAUGUGGUGACUUGUGUUCUGGCGGCCGCGUUUUUGAGAGGAUUGUGGAGCCAUGUGUGGUUAGUUAUAAUGCUAUUAUUAGUGGUUAUGUGAGAGCUAGUGAACCGAAUAAGGCAUUAGCAAUGUUUCGUGAAUUGCAAAGCAGAAGGAUAGAGCCUACGUAUGUGACAAUGCUUGGUGUGCUUUCAUCUUGUGGGUUGUUGGGAGCGUUGGAGUUGGGAAAGUGGAUUCAUGGGUAUGUUAAGGAACAUGGGUUUGAUCAGUAUGUGAAGGUGAAUACUGCACUUAUUGAUAUGUAUGCCAAGUGUGGGAGUUUGGAUGAUGCAGUUUGUGUAUUUGAGUGUAUGGCUUUUAGAGAUACAGCAGCUUGGUCAGCGAUGAUUAUGGCGUAUGCACUUCAUGGUCAGGGUGGCAGAGCAAUUUCAUUAUUUGAGGGUAUGAGAAAGGCUCGAGUUCGACCAGAUGGAAUUACGUUUUUGGGUCUUAUAAAUGCAUGCAAUCAUACUGGAUUGGUCGAGGAAGGAUGGAAAUAUUAUAACUCUAUGAGAGACAAGUAUGGAAUCAAUCCUGGUAUUAAGCACUACGGAUGCAUGUUAGAUUUAUUGGGUCGAGCUGGACGCUUAGAUGAAGCUUAUAAGUUUAUAGAGGAGUUGCCAAUCCAGCCCACUCUAGUGUUGUGGAGAACUUUGUUAGCUGCUUGUAGCACUCACGGUAAUGUAGAAAUGGCUGAGCGGGUCAUCGCUCGGAUUUUUGAAUUGGACGAUUCUCAUAGUGGGGACUAUGUAAUAUUCUCAAACAUGUGUGCAAGAGCAGGGAGAUUGAAAGACGUGAUUCGUUUGAGGAAACUCAUGAAGGAUAAGCAUGUGGCGAAGUUGCCUGGAUGUAGCAUGAUAGAGGUGGACAAUAUGGUGCAUGAGUUCUUCUCUGGGGAUGGUACACAUAUCGAGCAUAGAGAGCUCCAUGAAGCACUUGAUAUGCUUUUUGAAAAGUUGAAGUUGGUGGGAUAUGUUCCCGAAACUUCUCUUGUAAAUUAUGCAGAUAUGAACGAAGAGGAGAAAGAAGUUGCUCUCAGAUAUCAUAGUGAAAAACUAGCUAUUGCUUUUGGCCUGAUAAACACUCCUCCUGGGACAACAAUUCGUGUUGUGAAGAACAUUAGGGUCUGCAGAGACUGUCAUUCUGCUGCUAAACUUAUAUCACAAAUCUCCGGUAGAAAAAUUAUUCUUAGAGAUGUACAACGGUUUCAUCAUUUUCAAAUUGGAAAAUGCUCCUGUGGGGAUUACUGGUAGUGAAACAAAAAAGGAUUGAGAGGUAUUUGUAACAUUAGAAAGGUGAGCAUGACAUGCCUGUUAUUACAUUUUUCCAUUACAGUUUUGUGUAUAUAUACACAUAUCUUUAUAGUAAUGAUUUGAUUAGUGUUUAUAAUGAGCACAACCCAGCCCUUAUAGCUCAGUGGUAGAGCGCCAGUCUUGUAAACUGGAGGUCCGUAGUUCGAUCCUG